AUGACCAUCCAUGGUAUAUCAAUCAAACUAGCUGAACAAAUUAUUCCUGUAUGUGUAACAAGUGAUGAUAAUACUCAUUAUUUAAUUGUUGUAUAUCCACCUAUUGAAAAUUUACAUAUAUGUUUACUUGAACAACAAACUCGACAUAUGAUACAUUUAAUAAAUUUUUUAUUUGGUUCAAUAUAUCAUGGAUUAUUCUACUAUCAAGAAUCGAUUGAAUACUUUUUUGAUAUAUUUUUUUAUCGUCUUCAUUGUUUAUUAUCAUCAUCAAUAAAUUCCUCACCAGUAUUAAAAAAUGUUCGUCUACUUGAUGAAUUUUUACCUGCACAAUUUAAUGAUUAUGGUACAUGUCCAAAAUUAAAUUUAAAUGAUCAACAAUUAGUAUUUAAUAUUAAUCAUCUAUUAAAUCAAUUAGAAUGUCAAAAUUUUAAUCAAUGUUCAAAUGAAAAUGAUUUUAUUAUAAAUCGUUAUCGGCGAAUAUUUUUUUUAAAUGGUUCAAUUUUAUUUCAUCGUAAUCAUCUUUUAAUAAGUCAUUUAUCAAAUGAAACAACCAUUGAUAUAUAUCGUUUUCUUAUUCAUUAUGGACAUUUAAAUUUGUCACAAUUUUAUUAUGAUACAUGGCAUUUAUUAUUAUUUAAAGAAAUUUUUCCAUCAGGUUAUGAAUCUAAACAACGUUCAUUUUUAAUUGUUUGUAGUCAAGGUGAAUUAACUUUAGCUGUUAUUAUUCAAACUGAAUAUGAAAAAAAUGAUUUUAAUAUACCACCUGAUCAUGAAUUAAUUCAACAGAUAAAAUUAACUUUAAAUGAUAUAUAUUCAAUUCUUCCAAAAACAAUAAUAAAUUCAGCACCAUGGAUUAUAUCGUCACCUGUGGCAUUUGUUAAAAAACAAUUAAAACGUACAAUUUCAUUACCAUUAAUAGGAGCAUUCAGUCAAUCAAACAAAUCGAAUAAAAAUGAAUCAAAUGUUGAUGAUACAAUAUCAUUAACAUCCUCUCAUUAUCCUGAUCAAUCACAAACAGAUUUUCGAAUAACACAAUUAGUAAGUCAACCUGAAUCUCAAGAUGAAUUAUAUAAAAAUAAUCGUCAAUCAUUUAUGUCAUCAACUUUAUCACUUGAUGAACAACAAAAUAAAAAUCUUCAUUCAAAUUUAUCAACAUAUCGAUUACAUCCAGGUAAUUAUUCAACAAUAUUUUAUUAUCUUGAUUUUCAAUCAAUUCGUGGUUUACUUAUUGCACCAUAUUUUACACUUGAUAAAAUAACACAAACAACAUUAACUGAUCGUCUUUUAUUUGAAACUAUUCAACAAACAUGUAUUUAUAUACGACGAAAACAUUUUUUUCGACAAUCUAAAUUAAAUUUAAAAAAUUUAUUUAGUACAAAAAUUCGACCUAAAUAUUAUGAAAUUGGUUGUCAAUUUUCUUUACAAACAGAUCCAGAUAAUAAGAAAAAAAAAGAUACAAAUUUAUUUAAUUUUUGGAUUGUAGCAAAAAAAUGUUUACAACCUAUUGAACAUGAAUUUUUUGUUUGUUAUCAUGAUUCAAUAGCACAAAAUAUAACUGAAUUGGCAUUUACUAUUGGAAUGUUAUCAAUAUGA